AUGUCAAAUGAAAAUCCAGAUUUCUCUUUGAAUUCUUCAACAUCAGAUUCAGAGAGUUUAGAAAUGGAUAGUAAAAAUGAAAAUGCCAAAAGGCCAAUUGAUGAGGUUAAUGAAGUGAUUGAUGUUGAGGUCAGUAAAGAAAGCCCAUUUCAAACAAAGAAAAGAAAAAAAACAUCUCAUGUCUGGAAUGACUUUGAGAUAGUUACAGAGCCGGAUGGUAGUAAAAAAGCAAAAUGCAAAUUUUGCAAGACAAAGCUUGCUACUAAGGUUGGGGGUCCUACAACUCAUCUUAUUAGGCACUUGAACUCGUGUCCACGUCGUCUACUGGUUGAUAAAAAACAAAAUAUUCUAAGUGUAGGAAAAGGAGGACUGGGAAGUGAACCAAAUAUUGCAAAUUUCAAGUAUGAUCAUGCAAAGGUUAGAGAAGCUGCUGCUCACAUGAUACUCGUACAUGAAUAUUCAUUUAACAUGAUGGAGCAUGAAUUUUUCAAUCGGUUCAUGAAUACGGCCACCCCGCAUUAUCAAAAGAUAUCGCGUACUACGGCGAAGAAUGAUUGUGUGGCAGUUUAUGAGAUGGAGAAGAAAAGGUUGAAAACAACAUUUAAAAGUGUUAACAAAGUUAGUAUCACGUCAGAUUUCUGGAAGUCUGGUCAGCAGAUCGGUUAUAUGUGCCUUACAGGACAUUUUAUCGAUUCUGAAUGGAAAUUACAGAAGAGGAUCUUGAAUUUCUGUGAUGUGCCACCUCCUCAUACUGGCGUUGUCAAAGCUGAUACUAUUUUUCAAUGUCUAAUUGAUUGGGGCAUUGAAAAUAAAGUAUCAACUGUUACUUUUGACAAUGCAAGUAAUAAUGAUGCAGCUAUCAGGAUUUUGAGAGAUAAUUUCACCAUUAAAAGUAAACUGUUUUUUGGUGGGAAGAUCUUUCAUGUACGAUGUUGUGCACAUAUUUUAAACCUCAUGGUGCAAGAUGGGCUUAGUGAAAUCCAGAAUGUGAUUGAAAAUGUUCGUGAGAGUGUUAAGUACUUAAAGGCAUCAGAGGCACGGCUUCUCAAAUUCAGUGAGAUUGUGAAACAGUUGCAAUUGCCUUCAAGGAAGUUAAUUUUAGAUGUUCCCACACGUUGGAACGCAACAUAUGCUAUGUUGGAAGCGGCAAUAAAAUUCAAGGAGGUGUUUCCAAGAUAUCAAGAUAGAGAUCCCAGUUAUAGAUGGUUGCCUAGUUUAGAGGAUUGGAGUAGAAUAGAGGAGGUGUGUCAAUUUUUAAAAGUUUUUCAGGUUGUGACAAACACUAUAUCUGGAAGUGUGUACCCAACUUCAAACAUGUUUUUGCCUGAAGUAUGGAAGAUAAAAGAAGCCUUAAGUGAAAAUUCAUUGGAUGAAAAUAUUUAUAUGCGAUCAAUGGCCAACAAAAUGAAAGAAAAGUUUGACAAGUAUUGGGGUGAAUGCAAUCUUUUGAUGGCCAUAGGUGCAAUUUUGGAUCCAAGGUACAAAAUGGUGCUUAUUAAGUUUUGCUUUCCCAAAAUAUAUUCCGAGCUAGAAGCAUCAAAAAACAUUGACAUAGUGCGUAAGGCAUUAUAUGAUUUAUUUAAAGAGUAUGUAGAAACUUAUACUUCCACCAACUUGGAGCAAGAAGUGAAUGUAACAGUUGCAGCUAUUGAUUGUGAGUCUAGUCACACUUCUAAGUUCAAAAGUAAAGGAAGGCUUGAAUUUGAUCUUUUUGUUAGAAAAAAUGAAUGUGUUCAGCCUUCAAAAUCUGAAUUGGACAUGUAUUUAGAAGAAGGUGUUUUUAUUUGUCAUGGUGAGAUGGAUCACUCUUUUGAUGCAAUAGAAUGGUGGAAAGUCAAUAAUCUCAAAUUUCGCAUUCUAUCCAAAAUGGCAGUUGAUAUUUUGUCAAUUCCUAUCACUACGGUUGCUUCUGAGGCUGCUUUUAGCACUGGAGGUAGAACUAUAGAUCCAUAUCGUGCAUCAUUAUCUACAAAAACGGUGGAAGCUUUGAUUUGUGCUGGCGACUGGGUUGGAGCUUUUUGGUGCUUUGAUUUUGGAAAAGAGAAAACAUGCUGUUGUAUGAUCCAUUUUGGGCAAUCCCUUCGCUGGAAACUAUUUCUUUUGUUUGGAGCUUUUUGGUGCUUUGAUUUUGGAAAAGAGAAAACCUGUUGUUAUAUGAUCCAUUUUGGGCAAUCCCUUCGCUGGAAACUAUUUCUUUUGGUUGGAGCUUUUUGGUCUCUUCCACAUAUUCCUAAAAUUUAUCUUCUAAAGAACCCAUUCCUCCAGGUAACUAAGGAAUGUUUGCAAAAAGGCAUUGCUGUUUGCAAGGAUGGUGCUUUGUUUAGGAAAAUCAGAAAGAAAAUCAGCUUUGAGAUGAAAGUUCAAUGUUUGACUUCCUAUAUGGUUGCUAUCAAGGAUGCAGAUUUUUCUAAUGUGUAUGCUGUGUUUUGUUGUUUGCCACAUGGAACCGCACAGCUUUCGUAUUGCUUCAUACGGUGCAUACAGAGUAUUGAGGACCAAGUUGAUCACUUUGCAGAAAAGGCAAAUAUUGAAAUCAAGUAA